AUGAGCGGCGAAUAUCAUGACGACCCUUCCUUUCAACCAUGGGGCCCGUUUAUCUCGGAUACCUACGUGAACGAGCCCAUCACAAAAGCAGAUAUCAUCAUUGCCUCCGUCGUGUGGGCGUUGACACUAGUCAAUGUCGUCGUAGCCAUAUGGCUUGGACAGAAGCAAACGAGGGGAUCUCGGUCACCAUUGAGGAGUGUGUAUAUUUGGAUGAUAUGGCUGGAACUUAUUGUUUCAUUCGUGAUGGGACUUGAGAGCUACUUGCAUUUGUUGAAGUAUAUCAAACCGAGUUUUGCGUUCUACUUCACAAUCUUGUUUUGGUGGUGUAUUCAGGUUCAGCUUUUACUGCAGAUCAUCAUCAACCGUAUUCGUGUUAUUGUACCUGAUCGACGGCGAUCGAAGUGGAUCAUGAUUGGCACUGCGGUCUUCGUUACUGCUAUCAACAUCAGCGUAUUCAACGUCUGGAUACCAGCACGAUUGCAGGUCAGCACCAAGUACCACCUCAUCAACGAGUACUGGGAUCGAAUUGAAAAGGGUCUCUACCUCAUCGCCGACGCGGCGCUGAACUGGUAUUUCCUGAAAACUGUCAAGCAGAACCUUAUCAACAACGGCCUCACCAAAUACAACAAGCUCGUUCGCUUCAACCAGCAAAUCGUCCUGGUAUCACUCCUUAUGGAUGUCAUGAUCAUCGCCGCUAUGUCGAUCCCAAACUCUUUUGUAUAUAUCCAGUUUCACCCACUUGCCUACCUAGUCAAACUCAACAUCGAAAUGACAAUGGCCAACCUCAUCAAACGCAUCGCAGUCUCCACGUCACGCAAGACAGGCAUGGCAUCCAUUGCGCAAGAGUUCAGAUCAUCGUCCAAUCAAUCCACCUCCGGCCAGCGCACUGGCGGCACAGCCGGGCAUCGCAAAUCACGUGGCUCAGUCCACGAGCUCGCCAGCUUCGCCUCGUACACCGUCGAUACGAAAGCGACAGGCGAUCAAGACCAGCACCGCGUCGUUAGCUUCGCGCCCAUAGGGAACCAAAUCAAGGAGACCAGAGAGGUCAUCGUGCAUACAGAGCCAAACCCAUAUUACGAGCGCAGAGGCUCGGAAGUGGAGAUCUCGGGGGGUCACGGAAGGAGACAGUCUCAUGGUGUGGUGGUAGAGGAGAGGGGACUGGGUAGACAAAAAAGUCUGGAGAGUAUAACGGAGGGUAAUGAGAGUAUGAAGAGUGGUUUGACGCCGAAGCGGCUAGGGGAAGAUAGUGAUGACGAGGCGGCGCUCGUGCAGCAAAAGGGUUGGGGAUGGCCGAGACGGCCGAGUUGA